CCCAGACACACUAAUCUUUGAGUCACUUCCGGUCUGACAACAGUCAGGAAGUGAUGCUAAAAGUAGAGCGGAGUGAGAAUUGUAUUAUUUACUAUGAUGCGGUUUGAAAUGUCAACAGUGCCUAGCCUAGCGUUGCCUUAGUCAGGGGACGCAGCCAAGCAUGGCUCUGAUUGAGGGUGUGGGGGACGAGGUCACCCUGCUCUUUGGGGUGGUGCUCCUGGUGCUAGUACUGGUCCUAGCCUGGGCGUCCACACACACAGCGGAUCCCCCUGAGCACCUGCUCCCUCCUGGCCCAGGGAACACCUCCCCCAGAGAGGCUGAGAGCCAGGAACCCCUCCCUCCCAGCGACAUCACCCCUGCACCCAGCAGCCUGCAGGAGGAGGGGAAGCCAGAGUCAGGGUUACAGGCUGGAGACGAGGGGCCCACCUCCAGCAACACUGGAGACCAGGAAGGAGGAGAGCCCAGUCUACUGCAGGAGGCUGGCUUCGGGAGAGACGGGCUGAGGCACAGAGAUGCUGCGGCCUCCACCCCUUCCUCCACGGCAACGACAGCAAGUGCCUCUGCCCCCGACCAGCCAUCUCCAGCCAACAACACCCCCAACAAUCACACCCAAAGAAACAUGGUCCUGAGGCUCAAGUUCCUCAAUGACACAGAGAGGACGGCCCAAGUAAACCCUGAUGACACCAUUGGCUACAUUAAAAGGACAUACUUCGCUGGGCAGGAGCACCAGGUGCGUCUCAUCUACCAAGGCCAGUUGCUGCAGGACGAUACCCAGACACUAUCUUCUCUUAACCUGGCCGACAACUGCGUUCUUCACUGCCACAUCUCCCAGCAUGCAACGCGAGCAAUGCCGGCUGGGGCACGGGCGGCCGACCAGGUGCACGUGGCGCUGAACCUGGGCAGCCUGAUGCUGCCGCUGUUCGUGCUGAUGCUGUCUGUGCUCUGGUACUUCCAGAUCCAGUACCGCCAGUUCUUCACGGCCCCCGCCACUGCCUCUCUUGUGGGCAUCACCAUCUUCUUCAGCUUUGUGGCAUUUGGGAUGUACCGCCGCUGAGGGGUGCCCCGUUUGUUAGUGAUCCCCCGUGAUGCACGCCACUUAAAUAGAAGUAUAUAUUCACAUAAACGCACAUAUACAGUAACACACACACACACACACACACACACACAAACACACAGACACACACGUGUACCCACACACCCACCACCGCCUACACAUGGACUUUUGAGAUGGAUCUCUGAACUCUUGAAGUUGUUCUCGGGACGAGAUGGCAGAUAUUUAAUAAGUAUCUGAUCCGUUUUCUUUUUUUUUUUUUUUUGUUGAUUUCUUUUUUUGGUCUGUGUGUUUGUAUGUCGUUUUUCAUUAUGUGUUUGGCUCCGCACAUUUUAUGUUUCUGUUACCCAGUUCUUUGCCAUUGUUGUCAGACAUAGAACACACUUUUACCUGUCAUGAACUAACAGUAAUUUCUUAGACUUCUUUUUUUUUUUAUGUAAAGAGACGCUCAUUGUGCCUAUCCUUAUUGCUCUCGUCACACACGCAAGCACUCCGUGAGGAGCUGGAGCUUGCCCCUGUUCUUGGUGGAAGUGGGGAAGAUGACUGGUCUUGUGACUGUCCAAGCUGCUGGCAUGCCCAUCUGCCUGUCUGUCUCACACAGGGUGGUAGAGCAGUGCAGGCAGCACUGCUGUUAUAUGUAGGGACAGUAAGAAUAAUUUGUGUAAAAUAUGGCUUUUGAAACAGACAAAAUCUAUUAAAUCAUUCUUUUAUUUA